GCAGCCCUUUCCAGACCGUCAAACGGGCCUUUAUCCCCGAGACGGUGUUCGAAAUCGAGGAAUUUCCCCCAUUGCGAAAGAAGAGGGCGACAUUUCCCCGGUUUUCUCAUUUUCUUUUCUAUUCAGUUACAUUUCCCGGAUAGAACCUCCUUCCCAAAUUUAACCCCUUGGAGCACUUAGCCGGAGGAGCUCGCCUAAACUUCUCGGAGGAGACUGGGCUCUGCUCUGAGGGGGAGGCGAUUGAUUUGCAGUCCCUUGCACAAUGGUGCUGAUGAUCGACCAGACAGAAAGAGCCCAGAGUCAGUUCUCUUCUCCAGAAGUAGCCAAAUCCUUUAGGAUUGACAGAAAAGAUGCACGAACCCAGAAUAAGUUUGCUGUUGUGGAGCUGCCACACAUCCACAGUUCUGAGGUGGAGAAUGGAGAGGAGAGGCAGAGAAGAGCUGGGAAGUCAGGGUUUGAUUCCCAGUUGUCCGUGGACACCGAGUCUGACCUCUCGGAGAGCAGGAAAAAACUGUCCGUCAUGAGGUUUAAACCAGUUGACCAGGCCUCACUCUCACAAAGCCCAACAGAUUCUGAGUCAAAGUUGGAGAGAAAGUCAGCAAGGUACAGCCAGUUUUCCAAAGCAAAUGCCCAGUAUCAUAAGCUCUUCAAAGAAAUAAGCAAAGAUGAGAUACUCAAACAAAGUUACACCUGUGCCUUACAGAAAGACAUUCUUUAUCAGGGAAGGCUCUUUGUCUCUGAUAACUGGAUUUGUUUCCAUUCCAAAGUGUUUGGCAGAGAUACUAAGAUUGUUAUCCCAGUUCUCUCUGUCACUCUUAUAAAGAAGACAAAAACUGCCCUUUUGGUGCCAAAUGCACUUGUUAUCACUACAACAAAUGACAGGCAUGUGUUUGUAUCAUUUCUGUCUCGGGACACCACAUACAAGUUCCUGAUAUCAGUCUGCAGUCAUUUAGAUAGGGAAAAUGCAGGAAGCACCCCAGUCACAUCAUCAGCAGAGAACAGCUUCAGAGGGGACUGUCCAUCAUCACUUCCUUUGGACUUUUCAGCUGAUUUCUCUGAUCUUGAUGGAGUAGUGCGUCAGAGGAGGCAGGAUAUGCUGGAGAGCAGCAGCUCAGGCUCACAAACUCCUGACUUUGAGAAGAUGACUGAGUAUUCUCCUCUGUCUGAGAACUUCCUGGAUGUAAUGAAGACUGGAGAGAUGGCAGUCCAUGCAGACAUUCACCUGCAGGCCUCCAGUACAAAGCAUCUCAAUGGUCCGGGUAAGGCUGUGUCAGGUGCUGCUCAGCAAGAGAAGGUACUGCAGCCGCUCUCUCUCAACACUCUUCUACUCAUCUACCUGUUCUUGGUGGGGAUUCUUGUCUUGUCCUCAUGUUACAUGGCUUUCAAGAUCCUGGCUCUGGAGCAAAAGCUGAAUUCACUGGGUUCGGUGGGAGAAUAUUCACACAAUGAGAAUGUUAUUCAUCAUCGACCCCAAGCGGAGAUCAAUGCAGAGAUCUAUGGAGAGCUGUCCACAAACCUGUUCAAGCUAGAAAAGAUUCAAAGGAACCUGCGGAAGCUGCUUGAGGAGAGCUGACUGGUCCAGUGGAAGCUGCGUCUUCUUAAAAUGCUUAAAAGUCUCAUUUUUGAGGAAGAGGAUUAAUAACUGUGCAAUAGUACCACAUUUUCUCUACUCAGGACUACACUGCUGUUUUUACCUGAAUCAAAGGAUUUUCUCCAAAGUAGUUAGAGAAAGGGAAAAGGUAAGCUUUAAUCUUAGUACUGUAGGAAAAAUGAGAAGAUGGGUGUAAAUGGGUCCCAAGGACUCUGGUUUUUUGUAGCAUUUCAGAGGUCAGAUUACUAAGUUCUGCUCCCUAUGGUCAUUUGUUACAAUUUAAAAUUGCUAAUAAAAUAUUUAUAGUGUGAUGCAGUGUGUGUGUGUGUGUGUGUGUGUGUGUGUGUGUGUGUGUGUGUGUGUGUGUGUGUGUGUAUGUAUUAUAGUUUGUGACUGAAAGGUCGUCUAUAUGCAGAGGAGCUAUUGCAAAUGGAAACUGCGUGUCAUUCCUCUGCAGUUACUGUAUACAUUUGUUUCCAAAAUGAUCAUACUCUGCAAAAUGUUAUUUUCAAAAGCUGGGUGAUUGCUAGGGUACAUUAUUAGUGCUUUGGUAAGUAAACUUUAAAACAAUCUGUCAAUUCUGUUUUAGGUUGUGUUGACUCUGUACAUGUUUGACUCCAGGCUUUUGUCUAUUUAAAAAAAGUUUUGGAAAUGUAAA